GCUCCGCCCCUCUUUCCGUCUGGCAUCACAUCACAAUGCUUUUAAUCAGGAUUUGGUUUUCUGCGCGUAAUAGUUGCGCACCGGCUGACGGCGCGGCGAUAAAUACUGAUUUAUACAUUUCAGGGCCACAUUUCCUCCCUUCUCUUUAUUUCUCUUGAUUUAUGCGACUGCAAACAUGUUUUCUCGGUAGCUCCGGUAGCCGUGACUUUACCGUGAAUGGGAUCUGCGCUUGUUGUGGCACCGACUGUCUCCAAACGGAGAUUGAAGGAUCUGCGUCCCGGAUCACUUUAUUAAUGGUUUGAUGUGACUCCACCUGGUCUGAUCUGCGCAAAACCUCCGACGCCAAAAUCUGCGGUAGCUGCUGCGCCUCAGGGCCCUGACCAUGGGGGCAUCCAAGAGUAAACACAAAGAUCUAUCCCAGCGAUCUCGCAGUAUGGAUGGUAACCUCAGCUCUGGGGGCGGGGCCGGCGGCCACCACCUCAAUUCCACUCAGCAGGCCUUAACGCCCAAUCGCAGCCCGACAGUGGAAGGAGGUCUCUGUUCCAAACAGCCGAUGGCCAAUAACGCGGAGCUGGCCCUGUUUGGGGGCGUGGACAACAACAGCCUCACUUCUCCGAACAGGAGCACUCUAGCAGGAGGCGUGACGACCUUCGUUGCGUUAUACGACUACGAGUCUCGAACAGCCUCAGAUCUGUCUUUCAGGAAGGGCGAACGCCUCCAGAUUGUCAACAACACGAGGAAGGUGAACUGCAGAGAAGGGGAUUGGUGGCUGGCGCGCUCCCUGACCACUGGAGAGAGCGGUUACAUCCCCAGUAAUUACGUGGCUCCGUCUGACUCCAUCCAAGCAGAAGAUCAUCUCAGACUGACGUUAGAGUCCAGGUGGUACUUUGGCAGAAUCACACGCCGCGACUCCGAGAGGCUCCUGCUAAGUUUAGAGAACAGGAGAGGGACUUUCCUGGUGAGGGAGAGUGAGACCACCAAAGGUGCCUACUGUCUGUCUGUGCUGGACUAUGACAACACCAAAGGGCUGAACGUGAAGCACUACAAAAUCAGGAAGCUGGACAGCGGCGGCUUCUACAUCACGUCACGCACGCAGUUCAACACACUACAGCGGCUCGUCGAACACUACCGCAAGCACGCUGAUGGGCUCUGUCACGGUCUAACAGACAUUUGUCCGGUGCUGAAGCCUCAGACUCAGGGCUUAGCCAAGGAUGCCUGGGAGAUUCCCAGAGAGUCGUUGCAUCUUGACCUCAAACUCGGACAGGGCUGCUUCGGGGAGGUCUGGAUGGGAACAUGGAAUGGUACGACACGUGUGGCCAUUAAGACUCUGAAGCCCGGCACCAUGUCGCCUGAGGCCUUCCUGCAGGAAGCCCAGGUCAUGAAGAAACUGAGACAUGAGAAGCUGGUGCAGCUGUAUGCUGUGGUGUCCGAGGAACCGAUCUACAUCGUCACUGAGUACAUGGGACAAGGUAGCUUACUGGACUUCCUGAAAGGUGACAUGGGUAAGAUGCUCCGCCUCCCCCAGCUGGUCGACAUGGCCUCACAGAUCGCCUCAGGGAUGGCUUACGUGGAGAGGAUGAACUAUGUGCACAGAGACCUCAGAGCCGCGAACAUCCUGGUGGGAGAUAACCUGGUGUGCAAAGUGGCUGAUUUCGGUCUGGCUCGUCUCAUUGAGGAUAAUGAAUAUACCGCCAGGCAGGGAGCCAAGUUUCCCAUCAAGUGGACGGCUCCCGAGGCUGCUCUGUACGGCCGCUUCACCAUUAAAUCUGAUGUCUGGUCAUUUGGGAUCCUGCUGACAGAACUGGCCACUAAAGGCCGAGUACCCUACCCAGGUAUGGUGAACCGGGAAGUGCUGGACCAGGUGGAACGAGGCUACCGGAUGCCGUGCCCGGCUGAGUGCCCUGAAUCCAUGCACGAGUUGAUGCUGACCUGCUGGAGAAAAGAACCAGAAGAGCGGCCCACUUUUGAGUACCUGCAGAGCUUCUUGGAGGAUUAUUUCACCUCCACGGAGCCUCAGUACCAGCCCGGAGAAAACCUGUAACCGGGUAGAAAACGAACAAGAUCCUGGAUAUAGUCAUGAUCACCUUUGUGGCAACUGAGGGCUUUAGGACUUAAACGACAGUCAGUAAUUCAGACUUUCUGGCUUGUCUGCUCUGAGGGAUUAUUCCAAACAAAGGGGACUAAUAUGUCUUUAUUUAGAGUUGUUUAUUGUACAAUGUUAAGUUCUUUGCUUCCCAGACUACACCCUAUUCAGCCAAACAAGAUUAUCUACCUACCUAGUUUUUGUCAGGUGCCAUUACGAUGUAAAUUCCCGACGUGUUCUCCCUCUAUCAACUCUCUGACUAAUCUUGUAGUUGAUCAGUAAAAUUGCAACAACUAAGACCGCAUGUGGACGAAGCAUGAAAGUCCAACUGAUGAUCGCUGGAUGCAAAUAUCCCCCAGUGGUUGUCUUCUUCUUCUUCUUCUUCUUAUUAUUAUUAUUAUUAUUAUUAUUAUUAUUAUCAUUGUUGUUGUUAUUAUUACAAUGUUGUUGGCGAGAUGUUCUUUGUGCUCAGACGGUCUUCCAAUUGUCAGAUUUGCCAAACAGCUGUUUGAUUUAUGGAUCAACUGGAAGUUGCUGGGUGAAUAAUUAUACGUGUACUUUAUGCCCAAGGUUAUGUUUUGCUGUGAGGUGUCCUCUGGCUUUGAUUCCCCGAUGUGUUAGUCCCGCUGGCCAACCACUCUGGAUGAAUCAGUUCAUCACUGUGACCGACACACGUUUCACCACCACAAUGAGGAGGCGUUUUAUUUUUGUGACUUUUAUUGCAUACAAAUGGCUACUGAUCACAAAUGAGUCACCUCAGGAUGGAAAAGACUCGAAUCCUGCUGCAAGGUUGUUGUUUUUUUUGUUUUUUUUUUAUUUGUUUGUUUUGUGCCAACGAAGACCCUUUUCUACUCUCUUCUACUGUGUCAAAGUGUAUUUUACUACUCUGAACUUUUCGUACAGUGAAGUUUGAGUUGGGGAAAUGAGGGGUUAUGUUGUUCUGUUCAAAGGAUAAUCCACUGUUUUGCAAAUCUUGCACCUGACCAGCAUAUCUUCAAGGUGCAGGUUUUGUCUCACAAAUUAAAAUCAAGUAAAUCAUGUUGACUUUCAGUUUUGUUCUUCACUAAUAUAAAAAAGAAAAUCUGUUCUAAUUCUUUUUAAAACAUCUAUAAUCAACACAUUUUUGAGUAAAAUAUUACACUGGAGAUUAUUGGUAUAUAUUUUUUUGAAAAAUCGUGUGCUGGUUAUGUCUUCUUACAGCCUGUAGGGGGCAGACCAGAAUGCCUUCUCAUACAUUAUAUAUUAAAAACAAUAAUUUGGCAUCUUGAAAUUAAUUGUAAAUAAUCCUUAUGCUAAUAUUUUGUACAUAUAUCAUCUUUAUAAUUUAUUUCUCUUAAAGUAUCUCAAUAGUUUGCUCUUGGUCUAACUUUCUAAACAUUAAUGUAUAUGGUACUUUUUUGUGUUGGGGUGGGGGGGUAAAAUAACAGCUGACAAUAAUGACAAAUAUAUAUAUUACAGAAUCAUUUUUUAUUACCAAGGUGGAUUGGGUUUUGGGGUUUUUGUUUUGGGGGGGGGGAAUUAUAGCUGAAAUAUACGGGAAUGUGCAAAAGUUAAAAGCAUAUUUGAAAUGUGCUCACUGUCAGUAAACCUUUGGACAGUUAUGAAAGCCAAUUUAAAUAAUAUUUACGAAGAAGUACUAAAAAAUAAAUGGUGUAACUGCUAUUCACCUUUUAAAAAAUGCAAAAUUAUUUUAGUCCCCUGCAGUUUAAAGAUGAAUCGGCUUCUACUGAAAUAGAUUAUUGCUAUUAUUGUAUUAUUGGGGGGAUAGGCUCCGGCUCCCCGCGACCCUUAAUUGGACUAGGCGGUAGAAAAUGAAUGAAUGAAUGAAUGAAUGAAUGUGUUAUUGGGAAAUCAUAGGCAACUCCGUUUUGACAAUUUUGUUUUUUGCAGUUAAUUUCAAAAUAAAGCUUAUUUGAUUACUGUUUAGUUUCAUGAAAUUAAAAACAAAUCCAGCGUUUUAUUUUUGUUGGAACAGAAAUUCACAUUUAAAGCUACAGUCUGUAGAAUUUACUGCCAUCUAGUGGUGAGGGUGCAGAUUGCAUUAUGCCUUCGCUGGUCACAAUUUUUGUUUCACAUUUUUCCUUUUUUGGUGAUGGGGAGUCAUGCUGUCUUGUCAUCUUCUGUGUUGAGCAAUGUGUAUGAUUGUCCAUUUCACAAAAAUGAGGGGUCUUAAAGUUGUUAACCUGCACUAGUAGCCAGUAAACACUGUACAGGGGAGUAACCACUGAUUUAUCUUAAGUUUUCCAACUGCACUGCCAAAGGUGUAGUAAGUAUGCCCCUUUUGGGUGACUUCAUAAAUGUGGUACAACAUGGUGCCCUCCAUAAGGGGGCUCACGCCUACAUAGAUAUGCAGGACUCAUUUUAAACUCAUGAAAAUGCAUUGAUUUAUUGUUGCCAGUAAUUAAUUACACACUGACAGUUAUGGGUAAUAUACAUUUUGUUCCUGCAAAUAAACACUUAGUUCCUACACAUUGUAGCUUUAAUUUUCUGGCAUUGGGGGGAAAAAAAACUUAAAAUUUUUAUCCAUUUCAAGGGUGGUUGUAACAUUCGCACAGUAAUAGGACACUGUUGAGCAUAUCUCCACUUAGGUUUGAGGACGGAAAUGUUUUUACUUUAUUUUAUUUUUCAUUUUAUUUUUUUUAUAGUAAUCCUCUACCAGGAUUGCACAUUUUCAUGUUGCAAUUAGAACCACAAAUGUUUAUGUCACUAAACUUGUUAACAUGCUUCUGGUGUUGCUUCAGAGGCUUGUAAACAUGCAGGUAAACAAACGCUGGUCAUUCCAUUCAGGAUCCAGACAUUUCUGCUUUUCUGAACAAACACGAUGCAUGUGCUGCUGCUGCACAUGGUGGUUGUACAAAAUGACUUCAUUCACAUUUCUAAGAAGCUUGGUGUCUACUUUUUGUGUGUGUGUGUGUUUGUGUACUGCGAGCAUAUGUUUUGCCAUGAAGAAUGCACUGAUGCUUGUAGUCAGGUCAUCUGGCACUGUCCUCUUCUUUUCCUGGUCAAUCUCAAGGAAUGUUUGAGCAAAAUUACAGGGAAAAAGUGCACAAAAAUUUUAAUCUCUAUAUGCAGCCUUGUUUAUAAGCCAGUUUGGUGUUUCUGUGGGGCUUUAUGAUUCUCUUUUCUGGCUAUGCAGAUAUUUUUGAAAUAAUGUGGUAUUCAUACGUAAGCUUUUCUACUGUGUCCAGUUUGAAUUUUUAAAUCAAUUAAAAUUUUGGUAAAUCCUACUGAACAUUGUUCAAAUUUGAAAGUGUGUUUGAAUAAAGUUUGUAUAUUGUCACCGUA